UCUCUAUGGUGUUUUUUUUCGCACCUAAAUUUCAAAGCUUCUUUUUAAUUGCAUUUUGGUACCUGUUGCUCUUUGCGCUGUUGCGUUCGUUUUUGUGCUUGUGUUCGUGUUCGUUCUCGUUUUCGCUUUCGUUUUUUUUUUCCAAUUCAGCUUAUAUUCUUUCAAUUUUAAAAAAUGUCCGUCACAUCGCGCUUCACAUUGCCGCUGGCACGCAGGCUGCCGUCAGCACGAAUUGUGUCUCUGCGGACACUGGCCGCCGGCGAUAGCAGCAGAGGGUACGCCACCAAGCGCAAGGCAGCACCCCACCCAAACUCGGUCCCACUGGAGAAAGCGAUCUCGAUUCUCAAGGCGUAUGAGGUUGGUCAGCCGAAGCAGACGGUUGAGCUUCACGUGCACUGCGCUCCCGAGAAGGGCCAGCCGCCGAUCCGCGGCUCGUGCAUUCUUCCGAUGGCGUACAAGUCGGACAUUACAGUUUUGGUCUUUGCUGAGGGCGAGAAGGCGAAGGAGGCCGAGAUUGCUGGCGCAGACUAUGUUGGCGGCGAGGACCUGGUGAACAAGGUGCGCGAUGGCGAGGUCAAGUUUGACAAAUGCCUGUCGACUCCGGAGAUGCUGCCCAAGGUCGCCAAGAUUGCCCGCAUGCUGGGUCCGAAGGGCCUGAUGCCCACUGUUAAUAAGGGCACUGUCACCAGCGAGGUCGCCGAGGCUGUGCGGUAUUCGAAAAACGCCUUGGACUUCCGUGCCGACAAGGCCAAUAUCGUCCACACUGGCGUUGCCAAGGUUGGUUUUUCUGCAGAGGACAUCACCGCCAACAUUGCCACGGUUAUGAAGUCGGUGCGCGCCAACUCCAAGGGCAGCCGGGCCAAGUUUAUCAGCCGUGUUUACCUGAGCUCGACCCGUGGCCCUGGUGUGCAGGUUGCCGACGCUUGAUAAAUGAUACAAUAUAUUUUAUCUUUGAAACCAUGAAAUUCCCUGCAAACC